UGUAGAAGACCCUUCCAGGGAUUCGAGGAUAUCCAACUAUUCAAACAAAAACGCUUAGAAUUAAUCUUGUUGUUCAAAUUCCUUGAUUGUAUCAAUUAUUGUAAACCCUUGCAAUUUCUGUCAUGAACUCAAUUACUCAAAUAAGGAAUCCUGAUAAAGGAAUUUAUGUUAUUUGUAAAAUGAGUCAAGAAACCGCCCAUAGGCAAGGCAACAAUAAACACGUGAGUGUUCACACUGAAGCAUCUAGCUUCACUCCUAUCCAAAACGAGCCUAUUAACCAACAGAAUGUUUCUCAGAAUAAUGCGAAUGCUGGUGGUCAACCUGACUAUGCAAUUCUUGUUUUCUUGGAAAACUUGCUUCAACAAGUGGCCAACGCUCCAAUGUUUCAACCACCACCAUCGCCGCCGCCGCUGCGUGUGAUCACUUUCAAAACUCUAAAAGACAAUAGAGCGAAAGAAUUUCUGGGCAAUCGAAUCGCCGAACCCCGAAUUGCUUGGAAUUGGAUUGAACGGACCACCCGAGUGUUGAGAGAUCUGAAUGUGCCUCUUAACGAUCACCCGAGGCUUGCAACACAAUUACUUUGUGAGGAAGCCUACGAGUGGUGGAAACACACUGACGAGAGUGAUGAAACCCCAAAGCCAAGGUCGUGGGAAUUUUUUGACUGGACUUUCAAGAAAGAGUAUAUCCCACCACGUUUCCGUGAAGAGAAACGUACAGAAUUUUUUGAGUUGCGACAAGGGGAUAUGAUGCUCCCCGAAUAUCGCCAAACGUUUGUCAGCCUUGCCAAAUUCGCACUGACGUUGGUAAGCACCACAACUGAACGUAUUGAGGAGUUCAAGUCAAAACUCCAACCUGAUCUCAGAGCACAAGUAUCUGUCAUACCAACGGUAGAUUUUACGGCAGUCUAUAAUCUGAUUGCUAAAGCAGACAAGGAUCUGAAUCAAUCAUACGAAACUACGAACAUGAAUGUCAAAUCUAUCUACGUAAUCUAUCCUCAUAGUGACGUGAAGAAGAAGGACCAGAAGGCACUAUAUUUCUUUCACCAAGGAAUGAACAAUGAAACAUUUGAGCAGAUUGAGGGAACUACUACACUACAAAUGAAGCUUGGAGCAUUCUGUCAGCACCAUACAAGAUAUUCACAGGUGGGCCGACCUAUGGAUCCUCAACGGCAGCGCCGCCGACGUUUGGCUGCCCUGCUCUCUUCCUCUAUCGCCGAUCUCCUCUCUCUGCUUCUCAUCCUUUUCCCUCCGACGUCGAACCCUCUUCCCCUCAACGAUUGCGCCGGAAAUGGGGCUCCGACGUCCGACCCACGCGACGUCAUCUUCCCUGAUCUCCUCCUCCAUCUUCUAUUCACCUCCGAAAUUUCCGCCACCCUCUCCCUCCUUUCGUUCCUCAGAAAACGCAGGCGUGUCGAACCAGCCGACGUGGGUGACCCGGAAUCGACGAUCGCUCGACUCCUCCGAGGAGACUCGGUCAAACGCCGGAACCCGGACUCCUUCAAGCAGUUCUUCAACAUGAAUUCCUCGACUUUCGAGUGGCUCUGCGGUCUGCUAGAGCCGCUGCUGGAAUGCCGCGACCCGGUCGACUCGCCUCUUAACCUCUCUGCAGGGACUAGACUCGGUAUCGGCCUCUUUCGGCUCGCCAGCGGCGCGGAUUUCCGGGAGAUCUCCGAUCAAUUCCGUGUUCCCAUCUCGGUAUCCCAAUUUUGCGUCAAGCAGCUCUGUCGGGUUCUCUGCACAAAUUUCCGAUUCUGGGUCGGGUUCCCAAGCCCAAACGAGCUUGGGUCCGUGUCUUCUCAGUUCUAUUCCCUCACCGGAAUUCCCAAUUGCUGCGGAGCAAUCCAGUGCGCCAGGUUCAAGAUCAGAAGAAACCGUGAAAAGAAGGGAGGUGGAGAAGAAACCAUAGCAGCCCAAAUCAUAGUCGACUCAUCUUCAAGAAUUCUAAGCAUCAUAGCUGGUUUUCACGGCCAAAAGACAGAUCCCCAAAUCCUAAAAUCCUCAACUCUAUACAAAGAUAUAGAAAAGGGGGCAUUGUUGAAUUCGCAGCCGGUGUGUAUAAAUGGCGUGGACAUACCCCAGUUCUUUGCAGGAGAAGGAGCCUACCCUUUGCUUCCAUGGCUAAUGAUACCUUUCACUUGUAGUUCUUCGCCAGGGUCGAAUGAGGAAAAGUUCAACAGUGCUCAUCGCAUCGUGCUCUUAUCAGCCCUUAAAGCCAUUGCAAGCCUGAGGAAAUGGGGUGUGUUGAAUAGAUCAAUUGAGGUGGAAGAUAAGGUGGCAGUUGCAUAUAUUGGUGCCUCUUCAAUACUACAUAAUAUGCUGCUUAUGAGGGGGGAUUUCUCUGCCUUCUUUGAUGAGCUCGACGAGUGUUCUUGGAUUCAUUGUCAGAGCUCACAGCCACCUCUUGAAGAGAACAAUGGUGUGGAGGAGAUUUUCACUAAAAGGAUGGCAUUUGCAUCUACCAUAAGAGAUGCAUUGGCAAAGAAAGUUAGUGAGCAAUUUUGAAGAGUGCAGAUGAUAUACUAUGGUACAAUACCCAAUAAGUAUUCAUUUGUUCCGAAGGAUCAUUACGCAUUUAACCGUAGUUUCUAGCGUCUGCAAUGCCACAUUAACAUUUAAAUACGAUCGUACAAGUGGUAGAAUAGAGUGCAUGUUUCCACUACAUUCAACUUUGUCAUUUAUAAUGCAGCUAAUGUUUCUGAGGGAUCAAAACUAGAAACUUGUGAAUGAAUUGGUAUGUUUAGA